AUGCUGUGCAACCUUGCAGUUCUGGUCACUGUCACUCUGCAUUGGCUCCUGACGCAUAAACGUAAUACCAUUGCAGAUGCUUCAAUCAUCCGAAUUGGAGAUCCUAACAGAGCAGUGGGGAAAAUAUCGUCCCAAUCGAGUAUGUACGAAGAAAAGGGGGCAUCAAGGAAAGCCAUAGACGGAUCCCUGGCAAGUAGUUAUGCGAAAGGAGACUGCACUCUGACGAAGAAGGAUUUUGAGCCCUGGUGGAUGGUAGAUUUGAUUUCAGCAUUUCAGGUAUCUGCUGUGGUGAUCACCAACAGAGGAGACUGUUGUGAAUCACGGAUAAAAGGAGCUGAGAUUCUGAUUGGAGAUUUGCCACAGAAGGGAGGCACCAUGAAUCCCAGGUGUGCUACAAUCAACAGCAUGGGGCGUGGGGAAACCAUGUCCUUUAACUGUGCAGGAAUGCAAGGGCAGUACGUGACCAUUACGAUCCCUGGGAGAAGCGAGUUCCUGUCGCUCUGUGAAGUGCAAGUGCUCGCACACCCCUGGCUUCACAUAGUUCAUGAUGGAGGCCGGAGUCCUGUCAGAGACAGUGAAACCGAUUUAGGUCUGCAGGGCAGAGUUCUGACUUUUCUCAAUGAAUCAAAGAGCAGCUUUGUUGUCAUCUCCCCAAUGCAGCCUUUGAAUCUGGUGGAAUUCACACUCUGUAUGAGGGUUGCAGUAGAGGAUCUGGGUGAACGCAAAGUCAUUCUCUUCUCCUACCGCUCUCAAAAUGAUCAGCUGAGGAUCUUGCGUGAAGCAAAGGGCCGCUUUGGCUUCCACAUGGGGAGUCAGAGUGUCAUGUUUGCCCUUUCCGAUCUCAGCACCUUGGGGAGUCACAUCUGUGUGACCUGGGCGUCUGAGUUUGGCCUCACAGCCUUUUGGAUGAAUGGAAAAAGGAGUAUCCGGAAGGUGCACAAUGUGGGCCACGUUCUUCAAUCAGGGGGCAUUGCGAUGCUUGGACAGGAUCAGGGGGCACAAAGCAUGUCUGAACAGCAGGAGCAGCGUUUUGUGGGAGAAAUAAUGGAUCUCUACAUGUGGGAUUAUGUAUUGAAACCAAAUGAGAUUCAGGACGUAUUCCAGGACCACCAGUUUCCUAGAGGAAACAUCUUUGACUGGACAAUUUUAUCAUACAAAAUUACAGGGAAUGUGAUGGUGUUACCCAAAGACAAAUAA